AUGUCUGCAACUACUCGUACCAUCAUCGAUUUGAAGACACAAAAAUACGAUAGACAGCUCAGACUUUGGGCAGCGACAGGUCAAGAAGCUUUGGAGCACGCCAAUAUUUGUCUGAUAAAUGCAAACUCUACUGGUUGCGAGAUCAUCAAGAACCUCGUACUUCCUGGUGUUGGUAAUGUCACUAUUGUGGAUGGAGGCAAAGCUACCAAGGACGACAUUCGCAGCAACUUCUUCUUGGAUCCCGAGUCGAUUGGAGAGUCCAAAGCCAAGUCUGCAUCAGAGCUGAUCCAAGAGCUAAAUGAGGAUGCCAAUGUGGCGUUUGUGGAAAAGGAUCCUUAUGAUUUGAUUGAUAACCAAACCGAUUUUUUCGACCCCUUCACCAUGAUCAUUGCAGUCAAUGUACCAGACAUCCAUCUGAUGAAGUUAUCACCUCUCUGUGUCGAGUCAGGAAAGAGCUUAAUAGCAGUAAAGAGUAAAGGUCUUGUCGGCAUGUUUACCAUCCAAGCGCCAGAGCACACAGUCAUCGAGACGCAUCCUGAAAAUGUAGUCGACCUUCGCUUAUCAUGUCCUUUCCAACAAUUGAGCGACUAUGUAUCCACCUUUGACUUGGAUUCAUUGGAUCAAACAGAUCACAGCCAUAUCCCGUUUGUUGUAAUCAUCUUGAUCUACGUGGAGGCAUGGAAGAAAGCGCAUGAGGGACAGGCACCACAAACCUAUCAGCAACGACAAGAGUUUAUCAAAGCAUUGAGAGCAGGCAUGAGAACACCUGAUGAGGAGAACUUUGAGGAGGCUAUUGCGAAUGCCUGGAGACUGUCUCCAUCAAACCCUAUCUCGUCUGAAGUCCGCCAGAUAUUUGAGGAUCCGUCUUGCCAAAGUGCACAUGGCAACUCGCCUCUAUUCUGGAUAUUGACCAGAGCAGUGCGAGAUUUUGUUGAAAAUGAGGGCGGCGGACAGCUUCCCUUGUCUGGCAAACUGCCUGACAUGAAAUCUGACACUUGCAAUUACAUCAAUUUACAAAAUGUAUACCGUAAAAAAGCCUUAUUUGAUUUAGACGCUAUCAAAAAGAGAGUGGCAGGAUUGACAGAAGGAUCCAAUGUCCAUAUCCCUGAGGAGACAGUGGAACUCUUUUGCAAAAACGCAUCCAACAUUAGAGUGAUUCAGUACAAGGCCAUGACAGAGAACCAUGUACAGCCUGACAAAUUAGUCAAUUUGUUUAAGAAUGAAGAAAACUUCUGCUAUUACUUCAUUUACAAAGCCGCUGACAGAUUCCAAUUAGAACAUGGUCGUUUGCCAGCAUCUCAAGCCGAUUUUGAAAAUUUGAAGCAUCAGGCACAAUCAUUGAUGGAGAGUAUGGGCAUCACAUCUGAAGAUGCGGAGGAGAUAUUAGCGACUGACAUAUUGAACAAAGUCAUGACAAACUAUGUUCGUUUCGGCGAUUUGGAAACUGCAAACAUGGCAGCUCUCUUAGGUGGCUUGGCAGCUCAGGAAGCGAUCAAACUGAUAACUCAUCAGUACAUUCCCGUCAACAACACAUGUGUCUUUAACGGCAUCACCUCUACUAGCAGUGUCUAUCAGUUAUAA